GAGUGGACAAGAAAUAAAUUGCAGUGAGUGUGUAGUUUUUAUCCCUCCCAAGAGCUGAUUUUUAUCAAUUUACUGUAGUACUCCAGUCUUAGGGUGAUUGUGUGUGGAUGUGAGGCAAGAGUUCACAGAAGGACUGAGGAAAGUGCCCUGAAGCCGCUAGAGAAGGUUUUCCUGAGGAGGAAGAGACCCAGCACCCAAGAUCACCCUGAUAUUGACAACACUCUCACUGUGAUCGCGAGGGCCUCCUAUCAAUAUUUGGCUCCCCUCUUCGAAGCCCCUUCAUCACUAAGCUAAGGACCCUGGGACUAAACAUCUCCCUUUGCAACUGGAUCCUGGUCUUCCUGACGGUACACCCCCAGGUGGACUGUGUGUGUGGCCUAGCCGUCUAGGAUGAAGUGGAACCUGUUCAAGAAGAAACCUGAAGCCAUGGUCGGACCGGAGCCCACUGGGGCUGCAGUCUUAACUGUUGCCCCUGGCCCUGUGGCCUCCACCGCAGCUGACAACUCCACAGAGGCCGUCAAAAACGGCGAUUUUGACGACAUCAAGAAUAAGUUCCUCAAUGAGAUUGACAAGAUCCCAUUGCCAUCAUGGGCCAUCAUCGCCAUUGCAGUUGUAGCUGCUACCCUGAUUCUCACCUGCUGCUUCUGCAUCGUUAAGAAGUGCUGUUGCAAGAAAAAGAAGAACAAGAAGGGCAAGAAAGGGAAGGGGGAAAUGGGCAUGACGAACAUGAAAGGAGGAGAGAAACAGGACGAUGAUGAUUAUGAUGAAGAUGAUGCUGAGACUGGUAUGACUGGAGAUGAGAAAGAGGAAGAGGUGAAGGAGAAAGAAAAGCUUGGGAAGCUUCAGUAUUCCAUAGAUUACGACUUCCAGGACAACAAGCUCACAGUAGGCCUCCUCCAAGCAGCUGAUCUCCUCUCCAUGGACAGCGGCGGCACCUCUGACCCCUAUGUCAAGGUCUAUGUCCUCCCAGACAAGAAGAAGCAUUUUACCACCAAGGUGCACAAGAAGACGCUAAACCCUACCUUCAAUGAGACCUUUGUUUUCAAGAUUCCAUUCCAGGAGAUGGGUGGCAAGACUUUGGUCAUGCAGGUCUUUGACUUUGACCGCUUCUCUAAGCAUGACGUCAUUGGAGAGGUGAAACUACCCUUGCACAAACUGGACCUGGCCCAGCCACUGGAGGAGUGGAGGGACCUGGACAGUGCAGAGAAAGAAGAGCAAGAGAAGCUGGGAGAUAUCUGCAUCUCUCUGCGCUAUGUGCCCACUGCUGGGAAACUUACCAUCUGUAUCCUGGAGGCCAAGAACCUCAAGAAGAUGGACGUGGGAGGACUGUCAGAUCCCUAUGUGAAGAUCAACUUGAUGCAGAACGGCAAGCGUCUGAAGAAGAAGAAGACCACGGUGAAGAAGAACACUCUGAAUCCAUACUACAACGAGUCCUUCAGCUUUGAGAUUCCUAUUGAGCAGAUGCAGAAAAUCCAAGCUGUGGUCACAGUGCUGGAUUAUGACAAGAUCGGUAAAAACGACGCAAUCGGGAAGAUCUGGGUGGGCAGCAAGGCGACUGGCACCCAGCUGAAGCACUGGUCCGACAUGCUGGCCAACCCUCGCCGCCCCAUCGCCCAGUGGCAUCCACUGCAGCCCGAGGAGGAGAUUGAUGCUUCGCUGGCAGCCCUGAACGCCAAGAAGUAAACCUCCUCUACCCACUAACACCCAUACCCAAACAUACCCAUCCUCCUCACCCCUGGUCCUACACAUCUCCCAAUAAUACAUUCCAAACCAACACACCAACCAAUUCUACACCCUAUACCACAAAAGAUACCUACCUAUAUCCCAAUAGACAUGAUCAAAAAAUAAUAAAAAAUAAAACAUUCAUUCCACAAGGAGACAGUCACAAGAUCACUCAAUUGAUGUUUGUAUUGGGGUUGCAGUUAGUUACAUUGUGUCAUGAGGAUAGGAGCCUAGAGUGUGAAAACAGCGGUCCAAUGUGAUGGAGGAUUAGGGAAGUAAAACCACACAUUCACUCAUUUUGUACCUUUUCAUCUCCUCCCCUUAGAAACACCAUUGCUUCAAUUCUGCUUAAUACUUAAAAUGCUUUAUACUGCCAUGUAAUAGAGGAAAAACACAAGCAGGUUAAUUCCUUGGGUGUAUUGUUGCACCAUGCUCCACACCUGCCAGUUACUUACUUACUACAUACUAGAUACAAUUAGUUUGAACUACAUUCCUAGAGUUGGGUAAAGAGUAGAGAUAGACAAUAUCCAGUUACCCCACACUGUUAACACACUGCCUUUUUGAUCAUUAGCUCAUCUGCUCACCCAUAUUCUCAGGUACACUGAGAGAACUGAAACUUCAUGCCUUUUUUUCUAAACGGGUUGUUAUUCAAAAUGCUCCGCAACAUGAUCAGAGAAUAAUGUUUUUGAUGAUUUUAACAUCUCAGUCUGGUGCUGGAUUGGUUUAUUUUUCCAUAAUCUAAGACUAGUCUAAAUUUAUCACUGAAAUGGCAACAGGAGAGUCUCUCGAGUGUCUCUCAAUAACACCGUUUGUGGCUGUCAGUCAACAGAGUAGAGAUGUGAAAUAUGUUUAGGAUAAAGGGACUAUGAGCCACUGGAAGUGUCUACUAUGGCCUAUGUUGGGAAAGCAUGCAAGAGAAAGAAUAUAUGUGUGGAAACUCCAAGGACUGAAUGGAAGGUCCCAUUCAGUCCAUGGAGUUUCCACACAGAUAUUUCUCUCUUGCAUGCUUUCCCAACAUGGGCCAUGAUAGACACUUACAUGCAUGCAAGAGAGAGCAUAUCUGUGAGAAUAUCUGUGUGGAGACUCCAAGGACUGAAUUAGACCCUGGUUGACACAAUGUUGUUUGUCAGGUGUCUAUUCUACUAUUCUACUGCCUGCAAUCUACCACCUUCCCCUCCAAUGCCUCUACUAUUUAGGAUCUAUCUCCCUGUUCAGUGCUACUGCCAUUAGUCAUGGACUCACAACAAGGAUUUCACUUAUUCAAAGGAAUCCCUGUAUCCGUCUUACAGUCAUAAAGGAGACAAGCCUUCCGAGUAAUGAAAUAAGCAAUUCUCAACUACCAGGGACGCCUUCCAAUUAGCUGUGUUGUUUUUUACUCACUCUUUUCUUUUCAACGUCAAACACUUUUAUUCCUCAAGCACUUUAAAUCAAAAUGUUCUGUUCUAAUUCUACUCUCCAAAAACCAGAGAUUUAACAAUUUAUUUUAUGAUGAAUCAUUUCUGGUAAAAAAACAAGAGUGAAUUUAUGAGUGAAUCAUUAUUUUUGUAGUUUUUCUUUGAUCAUUUUAACCUUGUUUUUCUUGUGAAUGCACUUUGAUUGCUCUGAGACAAUUGUUGUUGUUAAGUUUGAUUGAAAGGAUAAGAUCUGGAAGGUUCCCGUUAUGUGUAUGUUAUACACAGAUGGCCAAACUGCUGAAUCUAAUUGCACUAUACUGGAUAUCUCUAUGUUACGUGGUUGUAGAUUGUUCUUUGAUCUAUGGAGUUUUUGUGAUGAGAUGUCCUGAGUUUGAGUCAGGUCACAUAUUCAAAAGUCUUCUGAUUGGGAAUAAGACACAUUUCAAUUAAAUGCUGUUCCUCAGAUCCUUCGCUGAAUAAGUGAUUUUACAUUUUGACUUUCUCUUGAGAUAAAUUUGAGUAUAAAACUGAUCAUCUGACUGAAUUAAAUUGACAUUAAAAAAAUGUAAAAGUCGUAGCAAAAUGCCAUUAGACUUUGGAGCCACACUAGUAAUGUAAUGGGACAUGAACUGUCUCUGUGCACCAUCUUGUUCCAAACAACAAAAUAGUUCAAAGCAAUGUAUUUCAAGGACGGUAAAAAGUACUUGAUUGUGUUUAAGAACAAGCGAAGCAGUUUAAUGUUUUAACAGUUUGACAACUUUUAUACUUUUGGGAAUUACAGUAGUGAAUGUUGGUUAAUGUAUUGCUUUUCUCUAUAGGACAACCAUAUCUUUAUGUAUAUGUCCAGUAGGGGUCAGAUUAGUUAUGUUUUAUAUUUCAUUUGAUUUAGUUUCUUUAUGUUCAAAAAGCAACACUAAAGAAAAGACUAAAUGCAAGCAAUCAAACGACCCAUCGGUGAGUAGUUUUGCCUAUAUACAUAGUUCAUACAGGUUGAUACUGCAUGUUUCUACAAAAUACUGUACAAAAUAGCAUGUUUUAGAGAUAAAGCAAAAAUAAUUUGUGUACGUGGGUGUCAUUUGUCAUUUUAAUACUGUAACACAAUGCAGGAAAAAAGAUACACUGUAUAUUUUCUAAAUGAAACAAAUACGGUAUGUAUUUAUUUUCCACAAAUGGGUUAUUGGAGACAAUGUCAUAAUAUAUUAGAAUAAUAUGAUUCUGUCCAUGCCUAAACUUUUAAGCAAGUUUGUCGUCAAGUACUGUGUGUGAUUUCAUGUAGGAUAAAAAUGUAGCCGCAUGCUUGCUAUCUAAAUCCUCGUGAUUUCAUUUGGAUGAAUUAUAAUUGAUUUCAAAUGUAUUUAUUUAUGUAUUGUUUCCUUUGAGAUGAUUUAAGUCUGUUGGUCUUCUUGCCAAACAUCAGUGAUUGUAGGGGGUCUCCAAGUUCAAGAAAUACAACUAUUCCAAAGUGGAACUCUUCAAUGAUCAGUGCCAUUGCUGAAACAUAUCCACCAUUUGGUUAAAAAGACUGUAAAAAAAGAUCAACCUGAUUUUUGGACAAACAUGUAUUACAAGCCUACUAUUUAGGAUGCUAAUGAGCCCACCAGAACUGAAUCCACACAUCUCCAAACUAGACAUACAGCUUGGAGUCCCCUACUGUACAUGAAACAUUUUUGGGGGAGUUUUACUUUGCGUUGGUUUAAUGACCUGACACCCUUUGCAAUUAUAUAUAUUUUACAGUGCUAAUUACACAAAUAUAUGUGAAUGUGUAUACAGAUAGUUGAAUUAGAUAACUAAAGCCAUAAUACUCAAGCACUAGCUCUUUAGAGCUCUGCUGUAUAACUAGUUAUUGAUUUGUAAAAAACAAAAAAACACUUCUUAAUCUUCCUAGGUCAGUGUUUGUCAUGUACAUUCUGUUCAGAACUCUGUACUCAUCUAGAUUAUAGAAGGCAAAAUAUUGAGCACUGAGAGCAGUUGUGAGUUUAGUAUAGUGGAUGUGAUUUUGUUUUCUACUUUGAAGAUGUUAAAGCUGUCUUUAUUUGAGCUAAUAUAUUCCAGUGAUGUAAUUUGUAUAUGCCUUGUUUUGAUAGUAUGAAUCAUGGUUCUUCUUAUCUCACAAGAUGUUAUCGAAAAUACCUGAAGAAGUCAUCUGGAACAUUUACAUGAUUGAAAUGUGAGUGUCAGGCUGGUCUGUUGGUGAUCCUUGGGCUGAGUGCAAUUCAUUUAGGACCCUGACUGCGAUGUAUGGAUCCCUCUAUUUUCAUCCACAGUGGCUUUACAGACAUGACAUAAUAUUGUGAUCAAAGAUAUGGCAGAAAUAUCUAUCUAUCUUGUAACAGUGCCAAGUCUCAGCAUUAUUGUCUGAUCAACAUAUGUUGCAUUCAUGGUAAACAGUAAAGUUAAGAUAAAUCAUCUACAGUCUAAUCUUAGACACUUUGAUGGAAACCAGCUGUUUCAAGUCAACAAUUCCUCUAAUAGCAACACUAUUGAAAUAAUAAUCAUAGUGUUGUUUGGUGUUUGCAACAAUUUUAUAAUGGGAUCAUUGAUGGUGCUUCUCAAUGUCACAAUCAAUCCUUUUGAACUGUGACCAAACCGAUGCACAUGGAACUUCAAUCCAGUUGACGAUUUCAGUGUCUUUCCAAAAUACUGCCAGUAUAUCCAUUUAUAUUUACAAUUCCAUGAAAUCGUCAUCAGUAAUCUGUUUGAAUCUAUUUCAGAGCCCAAAUAUUUCCACUGAUGCGGAUGCAGGUUAGAUUAUAAAAUAACUGUGAUUAAAGGUUCAAAUAUAGCACAUUUUUAUUAAAAAGAUUUGAUUGUUUCAAUGCUUUUUACACUGCCACGGUCAUUGGACAGUUCCCUAUAUGGGGAAAACGACUGACAACUGUGUGUUUGUGUAUAUGUAUGUAUGUAUGUAUGUAUGUAUGUAUGUAUGUUACAAGAACAAAAAGCAUAGGCCCUUUAUAAAGUUAGAGGUUGCAGUGCUAAAACACAGUACUACUGCAACUUACCAGACGUAUAUAUCUGCAUGCCCAGAAUACAUAAACCAUUCUUAAGUGUACAUUUAAGUGUUAAUAAAAGUGAUUAACAAAGAUGUUUUUAUUUACAAUGGUUUAAAAUGUUUAUAUUAUAGGAUUACCUAUUUUUUUGAAAGCCUAAAUUGAUAUAUGUACUUUAUGCACAACUGCUUUAGAAACUAACUGCAGGCUAUAUCUCAGCGGUGAAGGAACAAUGGAUUGAGAGCACGAUGAUUCACACACUACGUUCUACUAUUCUUUUGUACUACUAGCUGUUUUAUUUCUAUCAAGCUUUUUAAAUGAAUUAUUCAAGUACUUUAUGAAAAAGGUCCAUGUGAUUUUCAAAGGGAUACCCUCCAAACUAGAGCAUCAUAUCAAAUCAAAUUGGAUUUGUCACAUGCUUCGUCAACAAAAGGUGUGGACUUACAGGGGAAUGUUUUCUUACAGACCCUUCCCAACAAUUCAGAGAGAGAGAGAAAGUAGAGAAAUAACAGAAAAGUCAUACAACUUCCAUGUCAAUAAUGUGUUGUCUCAGUUGGCCUAGGUCACUCACCACCUUACAGUGUGUUCUCCCGUCUCUGUUUGUGUUUCCUCUUUCUACUGUAAUAAUCACUAGGUUAGUGUUGUGUUUCUAUUAUAUUUAGAAUGCAAAACUGCAUUAGGACCAAUGGAAAAGACAAUGAUUGAACUUUCCCACCAUGAAUUCACUGUUUUUCUGUCUUAGCAUUAAUGUGCUGUUGUUGUGGAACUGGACUCGCUGGGGGCUCCUUUGGAUCCAGAAUGAUACUGAUUUUUAGAGGAACGUCGUCCUUCAUGUUUACAACAUGGAUAUAUAUAUAUACUACCAAAACAUGCAGAAUAGUACCAACCCUCUCUCUUGAACUCUUCCUUCAUUUCUAAUUUUCCAUACUACAAUUGCAUUCCAAAAUACUUUUUUCUCCUCUCUUUCUCUUCAUCCUCUUUAAGCCUCAGAGGACCAUGAGAUUACGUGUCCUCUGGCUGUGUUUCUUCGUGUCUUAGUGUUGUGGUGUGUGUGUUCAUGUCAGUACUUGUGCCUACUGUGGAUCGCAUGCUUUAGCCCUUGACUGGACACAAAACGUUGCUCCUAUACAAACUGCCCACGGCCCGUCAGUGGAUGAGCAUCGAGGAUCCUUGUAAAGUUAUCGAGGGAACCAAAUAACUCAAUACAGAUCUAUCAUAAGUGUUACCAGCUCUGUAUGAAACAAAUAGGAAAUAAAGGCCUUUUAAUACG